CCUAGUGUUGAAAGUAAGAGUAGACCAGAGCCACUGCAGUCACCAGUGUCUGUCUCGGCUCUGCCUUGGACCAGAGGCAAGAAUCUGAGGAAACAUGAGAUAAUGUAUGUAGGCAUGUACUGUAUGUAUCCAGUCGUUGCAGUAGUAGUUUGAGUUGCUACAACAACAGUGUAUGUUCUGAGAUGGCGCACUCGGUUGAUUUAAAUAGUCUGAGUCCUGCUGAGUUGAGGCUGUUAAUCAGGCGGAACGAUUGGAGAAUAAGCACCACGACUGGACUAGCUGGAGGAUACCAGCAGGCUAACGUGAUCAUCCUGCCCAAACAUCUGGCCAAUGACUUUGAAGCCUUUUGUCGCAGAAAUCCCGCCCCCUUGCAACUGCUUUACCGUGGCCAAUCAGGAGAGACUUCCUGUCUGCCUCUUGCUAGACACGCUGACAUAAGGACAGAUAUUUCGCAGUACUGUGUGUAUGAGAAGGGUCGACUGGUGAAAACAGUCUCCAGUCUGCAGAGUUACACCGAUCAACCAAGGACUGCACCAGAGCAGCAGGCUGUGCAUCGCAGCCAUCAGUGGUCGUCAGACAUGGUGUGUUUCUAUCUGGGCUGCAGUUUUGGCUUCGAGGGCAGCCUGAAGACGGCAGGAGUCCCUGUGAGAAACGUGGAGCAGGGAAGAAACGUCAGCAUGUACAGGACAGCGGUUCCCUGUAUUCCUUCUGGAGCGUUCAGCUGCCCUCUAGUGGUCACUAUGCGACCUGUUCCAGCUGCUAUGUUGGAUGCUGCGGUGGAGGUUACUUCUCUCAACCCAAUGGCACAUGGAGCACCUGUGCACAUUGGAGAGCCAGCUCUCCUAGGCAUACAGGACCUGUCCAGACCAGACUAUGGGGAGCAAGUUGAGCUGCAGCCUGGUGAUGUCACAGUCUUCUGGGCCUGUGGAGUGACUGCUAUAGAGGCAAUACUCAGCAGCAAGCCUCCGUUAGCAUUCAGUCACUCACCAGGCUGUAUGUUCCUGACCGACAUCCCAGACUCCUCUUCUUCCCCAUUGACCCCUGAGAGCACAAACACUCCGCACGACAGACCUGACCUUGAGCUGACGCCCCGCUGCUUCCUGGUAUCCCAUAAUCCCUUGAUGUACAGCCUGGCGUCUCACAGGGCAGUGGCAAGGAUCAGAGAGUUGGAGAUGACUAUUGGAGAUGACCCAGGUCAACGUGGGAUCAGAGUUUUAUUCACUCAGGAUGAACUGCUGCGCUCCUGUCUGGCCCUCUCCCACUCCUUCUCUGUUGCCAUAACAACGGGCUUCCCUACACACUACAUGCACAGCCCUCCCGAUGAGACAGAUGGUCCACCUGGAGCCAUUGCCAUGGCGACCAUGCUGUUGUCUCUAGGGAAACAGGUGACGAUGGUAACGGACCGGAGAGCUCUGGAGAUGAACCAGGCCAUUAUUGAUGAAGCUGUGGAAACAGGUGUGCUGAAACAUGCAAUCCCAUUGGUCACUUUUGAAGACAGCGGCCCAGACUCUGCACUGCACUUCCUGUGUCACCAUGGAGACCCCACCAAGCCCAGGUAUGACCACCUUGUGGCCAUAGAGCGCAGUGGAAGAGCUGCAGAUGGAAACUACUACAACAUGAGAGGAGUAAAUAUCAAACAUCUGGUGGACCCCAUUGAUAACUUGUUCAUUGCUGCCAAGGGUAUACCUGGAAUUAUCACUACAGGAAUCGGUGAUGGCGGUAAUGAGCUGGGGAUGGGUAAACUGAAGGAGAAGGUGAAAAAUCUAAUGCCCAAUGGGAAUCUCAUAGCCUGUGAUGUUCCUGCGGAUUACGCCAUCACUGCUGGGGUGUCAAACUGGGGGGGAUACGCUGUGGCCUGUGGACUCUACCUGCUCCACACUUGCCCCUCACACCAGCGGUACCUAAAGAAAGGACUGGGAGAGGAACCCACAACCCGCCAAGAGCAGCUACAGGACUGCACCGCUAACCUUCCAUCUGUGGACAAGGAGGAGUCCUUCCUUUCCACUUUGGUGCGGUUUGGGAUACGAAGUGGGAAAACUGGUCACCUGGCCAUGGAGGUGGAUGGCUUGACCUUUCACCCCACACACUCCGACAUGAUCACCAGACUACUGGAAGCGACACAAGGCUCCACCUCUCAAAACCAUUGAUCUACUCCUCCUGUGUAUUCUCAGGAGUAUUUGAUCACAAGUGAAUAAUCUGUCUGUGAAUGUUGAGUGUUACAAUAACUUUAAUAGUAAUCACCUAUGUGGCUGCAACCAUUUAGAAGUGAAUGCUCAUCUUGCUCAGAACUUUUUAGACACACUUUGGUAGUCAAGGAUGAUGGCUGAAAGGUAACCAAGGCAACACACACACCCACACACACACACACACACACACACACACACAAAAUUAAUGAGCCGAAAGGGUGAAAUUCUGUUUCCUCUUUCUUGAGAGCACCAAAAAGAAGUGAGAGAAAAAGGAUAGAAUAAAUAGUGUGUGCCAGUGUGUGUGUGUGUGUGUGUGUGUGUGUGUGUGUGUGGGUGUGUGUGUUGCCUGGGUUACCUUUCAGCCAUCAUCCUUGACUACCAAAGGCAAGGUAGAUUGAAGUACAACAAGCUCUCUUUUCUCUCUUUCCUCUCAUUCUGUCUCCGGUCGGCUGAAUUAUAAGGGGGAAUCAGUCAGAGCUCUGAUUCUAUGUUGAUUCCUAAAAGAACAGAGAAGUUUAAAGACACAAAUAUACACUUUGUAAUUUUAGAGAUGCAUAAUUUCUGUUGUCUAGUAGGCUGUGUUCCCUAUGAGGGUGGCAGAGUUACAGCAAAAAAAUAAAUAAAAGGAUAGAAGUAUGAAUGAAA